UGUUGUGACGUACAGACGUGUUUUUUGAACGUGGCGGCGGCAAGUUUGCAGUGUGUAGUGUAGCUUGCUAACUUGUAGCUUGUUUGAUCGCUUGAUAAUUACAAGCUAUUCGUUUUGCUAGUAUAUAACACGUUAACAAACUGGCUAUCGGAGUUUCUUCGAGAGUUAACCGAUGUUGAAUAAAAGGAACUCAUUGUAAUGACUACGAUGGCAUGCAAGUGGAAUGGCAUUUUUAACGUGGGCGAGGACUUCGACGAUGAGGAUUUGCUGAAGGCGGACUGGGACGUUGCAACAGACCCUGUAUUUACUGCUCCUGUCACUGUUACUGGUGCCUCUUGUCGACUCAGAGACCUGACCGCCACCAGCGUCCCGGCAACAGAGGCGGGGCAUGGAGACUCCCACAACCUGCAGGGGAAUGGCCCAUACCCAGCCAGCACCGCUGACAAAACUGUUUACAGAAUAAAGUACCUUUCCAAUUCUACAGCACCCCCUGUCCCUUCCUGCCCGCCCCCACCUCCUGCCUGUCCCAAAUUCCAGAGAGGGACAGCGGGUGUUGGCCGGCCCCCAAGCUCUGCUCCAGCGCCUAUCGACCGGCUGCCGGACCCCUUCCCUGAUGACUUUGACGACUGGGACGUGGACCUGGAGGAUCUGGACGAAGCGUUUCAGCAGCAGGGGGCGGGGCCUACUGUGGCACCGCCCCCCUCAGCACAGUCCUCCUCAGACUGCGUGUCUCCAGCUAAGCGGAUGUGCCUGUCGGAGAGAGGGGGCGGAGCGCAGCCGUGCGUCCGUCUCCGAGACCCCGCCCACGCGAGCCGGCCCCCUCCCCAGCCCGUCGGCGCGACGGAACCGAGGCCCCCCUUCGCCGUCCCCGGGGGCGCCUCUCCUCGUCCCGUCCUGCGCCCCCCCGCCCCCCCGCCGUCCUCCGGAGGCGCGGCCGCCCCCUCUUCCUCCUCCCACCCGGGUCACGUGACUCCCAGGCCGCUGCGACCGCCGCCCCGUCGCCAGACGCCCGGACCCGCCGGGCGUGUCCCCGGCUGCCCCUCCUACGGCACAGCGUCCCCGUCCCCCCCCGCCGUGGCCCCCAGCCCCCUGCGCGCGCCCGUCUUCACCAACCACCUGGCGCAGCUGGUGUCCGCCGCCAACAAGACGCCCCAGGAGCUCCGCCCCUGCCAGGCUCCGCCCAAAACCCGCCGCUUCCCCGGUCCCGCGGGGCUUCUGCCUCAGCAGCUUCAUGGGCGGAGCCUGGAUGACAUCGUGGUGUCCGUCCCGCAGACGCCCACUCACGGCGCCGUGGCCCGACUGCCCAGCCAGAUGCCCAGCUCUCAGGCGUCUGAGGACGAGGACUUCGCCGGGGGCCCGUGGGCCGCCAUGAGGGCCGAGAUGGGAUUGGACGAGAGGAACCCCGCCUGCUUCCUGCACUCCUACAGUGUCGCCAUGGUGCUGCGGAAGGCGGCGCUGAAACAGCUGGCCAAGAACAAGGUGCCCAACAUGGCGGUGAUGGUGAAGAGCCUGACGCACACGCACGCCGACGCCAGGGCCGUCUUCAGAGACCCCACAGGGGAGAUUCGGGGCACUGUGCACCGGCGCCUCCUGGAGGACAGACAGGGUGAGCUGAAGACUGGCGCCGUGCUGCUACUCAAACAAGUGGGCGUGUUCUCUCCCUCCCACCGCAACCACUACCUGAACGUCACGCCCAACAACCUGCUCAGGAUCUACUCUCCGGACAGAACCACCUGGUCCUCCACGCAGCUAUCCCAUCAUUCCCAAGAAGGGCCUAUUCCUCAGCUUGAACAGACCUCCUGGCCACCAGGGGGCGCCAUCUCAAACAUGGAGCUCCAGUUCGAGGAUGAGGACGAGUGCAGUGAAGGGCUGCCGGAGUCCGCCGGGCCCGAGGGAGUGAAGGAUUUGGCGUGGGAAACAGAUGAUCUGGACAGACUGCUGGGCGAGCUUCCGGAAGAUUCUUACACCCUCUGACACGGGGAGACGAAACCGCGCCCCCAAAUGACGUGUCUCCAGGGCAACCAACCUGCCCCUGGAUUCUCCCCAACCGCUCUCCUUCCACAGACCCGUCUUGUAUACAUAACGGAUAACUGUAUGUACAUAUGUAUAUCUGCACUCGUUUCCUUGGCGAUAACAAUGUAUGUUUAAUGCACCCUGGAUAAGCGAUACAUUAAACAUGACACUAUUCAA